GUCAUAUCCUGUCUGUAGGUUUAAUCCUGUAAACCCGGCUAGUGUGGAUAUAUAUAUCAAGCAGGAUGAGCGGCCGUCUAAAUCAAGGAAUAGCCACUCAGGGCCUCAAAAAGGUCCCCCUUCAUUUGCAGAGUGCCCAAACACGUCUGCUGAUCAAGGGUGGCAAGAUAAUCAACGAUGACCUUACGCACACAGCUGAUAUUUACAUCGAAGAUGGAGUCAUUAAACAAAUGGGACACAACCUUCAAAUCCCGGGUGGGACGCGAACGAUUGAUGCUCGUGGUAAACUGGUCUUGCCUGGUGGCAUUGACACACAGACACAUUUCCAGCUUCCUUUUAUGGGUGCUACUGUUGCGGACGACUUUUAUUCAGGGACCAAAGCUGCCCUUGCUGGUGGUACAACCAUGAUAAUUGAUUUAGUUUUAGACAGCAAAGAUACAAGGCUCGUCGACGCCUAUAAGAAAUGGCGAGAAUGGGGAGACGGAAAAGUUUGCUGUGACUAUUCCCUGGCUGUUGGUAUUCCCAAAUGGGACGAAAAUGUCGAAAAGGAUAUGGAGGUCCUUUGUAAAGAAGAAGGUGUCAACUGUUUCAAAGUCAUGAUGGGCUUCAAGGAAUCACACAUGCUGAGAGACGAUGAAAUGUACCAAGUGUUCAAAAAGUGCAAGGAAUUAGGUGCUUUACCAAUGGUCUAUGCUGAAAACGGAGACCUUGUUCAUAUUAAAGCUGAAGAAGUAUAUUCCAGAGGGAUUCGAGGACCAGAGGGUCAUUUACUGUCAAGAUCCGAAGAGCUUGAACAAGAAGCCGUGAAUCGUGCCAUAACCAUUGCUAGUCAGGCUAACAGUCCAUUGUAUGUUCAACACGUGAUGAGUAGCACAGCAUCCGAAGCUAUUGCUAAAGCCAGAAAGGAAGGUCGAGUAGUAUAUGGAGAGGUAACAGCUGCCGCCCUCGCAGUAGAUGGCAAGAAGUAUCUGGACAAAUCAUGGGAGAAAGCUGCCAACCAUGUCUCUGUUCCACCACUCAGAAAUGAUCCCAAAACUAAGGAUCACCUUAUGAACCUUCUCUCGUGCGGCAUCCUCCACACCACCGCCUCUGACCAUUGCCCCUUCCCCAGCAAAGCCCGUCUCCAGGGUCGUGAUGACUUCCGGCUAAUCCCACCUGGACUCCAUGGUGUAGAGGAAAGGAUGGCUAUCAUGUGGGAGAAGGGAGUGAACUCUGGAGUGAUGCAUCCAUGCCAGUUCGUCGCUGCAACCAGCACAAAUGCUGCCAAACUCUUCAACAUCUACCCGCAAAAAGGCAGGAUCGACAUCGGAUCAGACGCAGAUUUGCUGAUCUGGGACCCGAACUUGACCAGGACCAUCAACGCUGGCAGCGCUAACUCCAAGAGUGACUACAAUCUGUUUGAAGGCCUGAACGUGAAAGGUGGCCCAGUUGUGAUUACCACCAAUGGAAAUGUCGUAUAUGAGGAUGGAGAGCUGCGUGUUGUCCAGGGUCGUGGGCGGUACCUACCACUGUCAAGCCACUGUGGUUACAUUUACAACAAGAUCGACCAGAGAGAUGCACUUCUGAGAAUACCUACAAAAAUUCAGCGCGAUCUGCCGAAAGUGGAAGGAAAGCCCAAUCCAGAGCCACAGUCAUCUGGCCAUGGCUGGGAUAAAGCGGAUGAGACGGUCGGUACCACAACGCCCAAGCGAUUUCAAGUGCGGGUCAACGAGCCCCCAGGAGGAAAAACAUCUUUUUCUACCUCCUGGUAUUAGAGCGCGAGUAUUCUGCUGUAAUCGCAGACGAUAAAUCCAAGGUUUCACUAAAAUCUCUGCUAUAGGAUGAAAUGCCAAAAAUGGGACGGACGACUGGACGCGGAAAUGAUGGACUUUUAAAAAGAGAUGACGAUAAAGGUUUAACAGACCAUUGGAUAUCUUGACUGCUGCUGUGGUUGGAUUUUACUUGAGGAGAAUUCAAAACUUGGAUUUUCGGUUCACCUCAUUCCAUGAUGUCACAGCUGAAUGGUUGAAAUGAUCACAAACGUACUAGAAAAAUUUUGGUUGUUUUAUGUAAGGUCUACAUAUGAAAGCAUUUAGUUCAGAAUGAACAGACGAACAAUCAAAAGCAGUGUCGGUUACUGUAUCUAUAUUCCUAAAACAAUUCCAUGUUUAAAUGUUGAAAGUGUUUAUAUGUAAUAUCAUUUGGUCUCCUUGGAAAAUGCCUGUUAUGACUCACUGUUUCCAGUAUACAUACAUGAUUAUAUUCUUUAUUUAUUUGUGGCGAAAUAUGCUGACGUACUACAUGUAUACUAUAUGUAUAUCAGGGGCAGCCAAAGUAUUCAACAUCAUCGAAACAUCGAAACUUCCACCAAAGAGAUACUUGUCUUGAUCGUUCAAAGAUGCAUGAGUUCUUUGUGAUCUUAUUCAUUCACUACCUUCAUAUACCGGAAGCUAACAAGGCUGUACAUGAUUCAGACGGUGUCACAACUCAUGCUAAGUCGUACUUGGUCAGAAUUGAAGGACUUUUCAUUAAGUGUACGUCGAACAAAAUGUCAUCACCAGCUGCCUUAUUGUUGGAAUUAGGUAAUAAAACAAAAACUCAGAGAUGGUAAUUGGUGGCUGUAAUAGGUAUGCCUGCUGAACUAACAAGAUUACCUCUUUCUUUAGCAAAAAUAUGUAAUGAUUAUUCUUAAUCAACGGUGCUUUAUCAUGAGUUUUUAUAAUAUGACUUGGCUUCUCGUAAAUAACAAAGAUUAUUUAGCUAACCAGGGCAAAAUAUCUUGUAAAACAGACUUUUUGUACUGCUUUCACCGAACAUUGUAAUGGCAUUGUGUCAUGGCAUUGUUGUACAUUGAACAAGUAAUGGACCAAACUGAUCUACAUGUAGAUCGAUGUGGACUUGGUCUCUAUACUAGAUCGGUCUGCCGUGUAAACGCGCUCCAAUGUGACCUGGUCUAGUCUCUUCUGGUCGUGUUUGAUUCUGUCCCGUGUAACCUACCGUAAUCAAACUGCUUCAUUGAGGUAUUGUCACAUUAUCUCUGCUUCAUUAAUGUAAAUGUUCAUACUUUUUAUAAUUUGGUGUUGAAUUUUGAAAAACUAGCAUUUUUAUAAUAUCAAACCGUGUCAGCUUAGAUUACGAUAAAGUUGGUUGAGUAACGGAGUCUCAAAUCAGAUUUGCUGUAUAGCCUGAAAUAUAUGAACUUUAGUUCUAUACGACGUUACUUUGCCCAGUUUGUUCUGUAUUUUGCCGUUUUUGACUGUCGUGUACUGUACGUGUUGGCAACUCGGAUACCAGUGUGUCGUGAAAGGUUCUUGUCACCGGCCAAAACCAAUUGAAAGUCGUAGUUUCCGACUCAACUCAUAGAUGCUCUUUAAAACUCUCGUGUUAAGAGUUUCAAGCUUAGUCUGUACUCUUAUUUACAAGAGCAUGUCAAGCAGUAUUCUUCAGCAAGUUUAGUAGAUGUUAUUAUGUUCAUCCCCACAUUUUGUAUUGACUGUGAGGAAUAAACAUGUUCAGUGUA